AUGGCUUCGCGUCUUAGCAUCGCCUGGCUUAUCGCCCAGGUUGCCACUGUUUCGGGCUUGUCUUUCGACGUUCCAUCUUCGCCGCCGGCCAACUCGAGCGCCCAGCUUUCCGAUGCCCCAGUUGGUGUUUCCUUCGAGUUCUUUGCUUUCCCAGGCUACUGGAAUAAUGUAACCAGCACCUCCACCUGUCUGCAGAACUUGAAGGACCUCUCGGGAACUUGGCCGCCCAUCAGAAUCGGAGGAACUACGCAGGAUCGAGCUACCUACAAUGCAUCCUCUAGCCAGCAGGUUACUUACACAGUUGCCAACGCUGGAGAUGCGCCAAGCACGCUAACCUUCGGGCCAUCCUUCAUGUCCUUGGCUGGAACAUACGAUGGGAAAGUAACUAUAGGCUUCAAUCGCCGGCUCAAUAACCUUUCAAACACCGUCGCUGCAGCAGCCAAAGCGGUUGAUCAGAUUGGAAGUCUGCAUGCCAUUGAACUUGGCAACGAACCUAACUUCUUCAGCAGCAGUGACCCAAUCGCUCAAGGCUCUUCCUGGACAGCUUCAGCAGACUACAACAGUGAGGUCUCCUGGCAGGACGCCGUGUGCGGCAAUCUCUCCGCUUCCAACCUCAUCUCCGCCGGUGUGUUCUUCGGAACCAGCCCGAUGAGCAUCGCUGGUCUGACUGCGGUCGAAGGUCAGGCAAAUAGCUAUGUCAGACAGUACUGCUCGCACAACUACCCGCAGUCCAAGAGCACAGCCAAUCUAGCAAAUUUGAUGAGCCACAGCGCUAUUGCAUCCCAGAUCAAGCCUUUUGCGAAAGAGGUUGCAGCUGCGACGGCUAAGGGCAAGCCUCAUGUUUUUGGAGAGACCAACUCUGCUACUCAGGGCGGUGGAGGCAUUAGUCCAACCUAUGGUGCUGGACUUUGGCUCCUCGACUAUGUCAUGCAGUCCCUGAUCAUGGGAACAGAGACGCUGUACUUCCACCAUGGCACAAUCGGAAACUGUCAGUACUGCUGGUGGGGAAAGUACUCGAUGGGAUCCCCCUAUUUCGGAGCCUACUUUGCCACGAUGGCUCUAGCCGGCGCCGACAAGAUCGCCCCUUUGGAUGACCAGACGACCGGAUACGCAGCAUAUGCCAUCUACAAGGACAAUAAGCCUAUCAGAGUACUUCUGUACAAUUCCGAUUACUACACCACUGGCACUCGCCCAUCUCAGGCUUUUACCCUAACAGGGCUCUCUGGUUCCACUGUCUCGGCCAAAAGGCUCACUGCCGCUGCUUCCACGUCCAGAGUUGAUGCCGGCCAGAGCCCCACCGUCGCCGGACAGACUUUUGAGAAUGGAUCGUGUAAGAUCCAGGGUCAGAGCACGGUUGAGUCGGCUAUUGUCUCGGGGGGAAAGGCGAAUUUCACGCUUCAGGCUUCCGAAGCUCUACUGGUGACGCUGUAUCAAGCAUUUGACACGCUGGGAUGUGAUAAGAUGGCGCCAUCAAAUGAACAACAGCUCCAAUCCAAUUGGAUCUGGAUUCCCGACUGGAUCGACUCCUCUAAAGAAAACACCGCCGCACGUAUCGUCACAUUCAGUCGCAAGUUUACACUCCCAUCGCGACCAACCCGAGCGCUCCUCCACUUCACAGCCGACACGCGGUACAAGCUCAUCAUCAAUGGUACUCGGGUAGCUGUUGGCCCAGCGCGAGGUAGUCCGUUGAUAUGGUACUAUGACUCGCUCGAUAUCGCUCCGCACCUCAAAAAAGGCGAUAAUGAGAUCUACUUCGUGGUGAUCCGUUACUUUGCGGCUUCCCGGGGUGGAAUGCCUUUUGAGAGGACUUCAUUUCCUGGGUUGACUGUUAUUGGUAGUGUAGAGUCGGAUGGGCAGUCUAUCAGUCUUGACUCUCGGGAAGGCUGGUUGGCUGAAGAGGAUAACUCGAUCCUGUUUCCAAUGGGAAGACCGGAUGAUGUCUUCCUUCAUAUCAACGAACAUGCCGUCCCCAGGCCUGCCAAGGAUAAAGUCACACCCGUACCAUAUAACCUAAAGACUCUCAACGGAGAGCUUCCUCCCUGGCGUCUUCGGUUUCGCGUGAUCCCCACUCCAGAGCAAACACCUGUCUCUGUCAACACCAUCAGAAAGAACCUCGGGAUCUUGAGCUCUGAUGCUUGGGUGGGGUAUCUCUCGGGCCAACGCCCUGUCACCCUGGCAGCUGGGUCUUCACACAUGCUCGAGGUCCAAGCGGCCGUGCAUUCAACGGCAUUUCUACGCUGGACGUUCAAAGCGACUCAAAAGAGCCAGAUCCGAAUGAAGAUUACUUACAGCGAAGGCUAUGAAAAUGAACCGCGCGCUUAUCCCUUUUUCAGGUCAAAGUCUGACCGCCUAGAUGCGACCAAUGGCCAUAUCAUCGGUCCUUACGAUGACAUAACGCUUGACCUACCAGCGUCGCAGACCAUUUUAUAUGAACCAUUUUGGUUCCGGACCUUUCGCGUUAUGCGAUGGGAGAUCACAGCUGGUGCUGAAGCCGUCGAGCUAUCUUCUUUCGAUGCAACUCAGGUUAACUACCCCCUUGCAGUCAAAGCAAGUUGGGAUGAGCCAGGAGACAAGGACGCCAAGCAAAUAUGGGAUGUUUCCAUCAGAACUAUGAGGAAUUGCAUGUUUGACGGGUACUCAGACUGCCCCUUCUAUGAGCAACUCCAGUACUCCGGUGAUUCUCGCUCCGUCGGCCUAUUCCACUAUCUCCUUUCCGGCGAUGACAGAUUGAUGCGGCAGACGAUCACCAACUUUGCGGCAUCCGUGACACCCGAGGGCUUAACACAGUCUCGCUUCCCCUCUCACGUCCCGCAGAUCAUCGCUGGUUUCUCCCUGUACUGGGUCCUUCAAAUCUGCGAUCACCAUCUCUACUUCGGCGACACAGCAUAUACACGGUCAUUCCUACCUCGAAUUGACGGUGUCUUUGAGUACUUUCAGUCUCACAUUGAUGACUUGGGUCUUGUUAGCGGAUUUCCAGAGGAUGUAUGGCAAUAUGUCGACUGGGUUACUUCUUGGGGUGCAACCGACACGCACCCAGAUAAGGGAGUUCCGACAUCUGGACGGGAAUCGAAUCGACAUACUUAUUUCAGUAUGCUUUACGCUUAUGUCUUGAAGCAAACCGCUCGGCUGGUUCGAGAUGUCGGUCGACCGGGUUACGCGAACGAGUACGAAUCUCGCGCGGCUUCUGUAGUCAAGGCGGUCCGGACUCAUUGCUACGAUGGGAAGUUCUUUACGGAUUCUACGGCUGAUGUUGCGGGUGAGGGCGCUUACUCCCAGCACUGUCAAGUAUUCGCAGUCCUCAGUGGCAGUGCAAACCCCGAAGAACGGCCACGCCUUCUUCAAGAAUCAUUCUCUAAUCCAGACUUUUCCAAAUGUUCCUACGUCAUGAUGUUCUAUGCUCUUAGGGCGUUCGCUCUUGCUGGAGACGAAGUCUACGAGUCAGCAUGGGGACACGUCUGGGACCCUUGGCGCAAGAUGUUGGCGAAUAACCUCACAACCUGGGAAGAGGAUGAUGUGAGACAGCGUUCCGAUUGCCACGCUUGGGGCAGUGUUCCCAUCUACGAGUACUGUACCGAGCUAGCUGGUCUGCAUGUCAUAGCCCCAGGGUCAAGCAAGAUCUUGUUUUCGCCGAGACUGAACUUGAGUCGAGAGUUGAAGGCAAAGGUAGCGCUUGGUUCUAGCAACACUGCUGCAGUGUCUUGGAGGCUUCAGGAUGAUGGACGGAAGAAGGUCGAGCUACGACUUGAGUCUCCAGUUUGGGUUGUAAGCAAGUUGCCUGGAGGAGAGGAAGAGGACUGCGGUGUGAUUGACCAUCUUAUACUGAGUUUCUAG